AAUUUCCCCAUUCAAAAACUUAGUCUCUUCAACAUAUUCUCUGCACAACAACAUCAAAAUUCAAAGAAUCAAAAGCCUCUGUUUUUGUACACAAGAAUUCCUUCAAAGAGCCUAAUUUUAUUUCUUGAUUUUCGUUGCGAUUAGUUAAGUUAAACAUAAUGAAGAAGAUGAGCAGCAGCAGCAACAACAUGCGAAGUUCCAAGACGAAGCUGAUCUCAAGCAGAGGCCUCGGAGGAGUCCAUAGAGAGCAAAGGGCCAAACUUUACAUAAUAAAGAGAUGUCUGGUCAUGCUCCUUUGCUGGAAUGACUGAAAUUCCCUAUACCAGGAACGAAAGUCAGCCUUAGUGAUCUGAUUGUGCCAAUUGGAAGAGCCGUCGCUCAAUGGAUAAAAGUUACAUAACAGGCUGAGAGCCCUAUAUACCAAAAUUGGUUUAUGGCCUUAUAGAGUUAGCAAUUCUUUUAUACUCAGUUCUUGGAAGUGUACAGUGCAAUAGUGUACAUUAGGUAAAGAGGUUUUUGACAAUUUUGUAUACUAAAUUUAGGCCCUUGAGGCCUCUUGUAUGCAUUGAAUAGGUUCAAUCAAAGACAAUAUUGGUUUUUUAUUUUAAAAAAAAAAAAUCAGUCCAAACUCUCUUUUCCAACCAUUUCAACUUCUGUUUUUCGUUUUUUCUUUGGUAAUGCUGAUACUUAAUUGUUAGACUGAGAGACGGAGUUAGAAUUUGAAAUUUAUAGAUUCAAGAUUUUGGUCCUUUAAAAUUAUUGGGUACUAAAUUAAUGAUUUGUGCAUCUUCAAUAAUUUUUUUAAUGUAAAUAGUACGAGGUUUGGACUAAAGUUAGUGAACUCGGCCGACCGUAACCAAAGCACUAACCCUAUUCCUGGUUGAGAUUAUGUCGGAAUAGCAGUAAAGUUCUUGUAGUCCAGCAUUUGAGUUUUGCUAGAUAUGAGCAAUCUUUAAUGUUGCAUAAGUGUUUAGACAAGGAGAAUUACUGCAAGUUGAUUCAGAAUGGGGAUUUUGAGUGCGUUAACAUGAGCCAAAAAGUUACCAAAAAAAAGACAAAUGUCAUUCCGGUAUUGAAUCAAGGGGCUGCUCUAAUUAAGAUACAGAAACGUAUGAAGGUUGUAAAUUCUUAAUUUCCGGUGGAAAGAUAUUUUCUCUGAUUACUGGAAUUUUCUUGUUAGAGAGUUUUUGAUGGAGAUCAACAUAAUGACCCCCU